CAACAGCCUCGUUUUUCCUUCUUCUUUCCCUCUCUCUCUCUCUUAUUCAUACUAUAUUUUUGUUAAUACUUGUCAACAUUCGAUCCAAGUACUUUCAUUUACAUAUUCAAUACCUUUAGAAGAAACUGAUAUUACAAGCUCUCUUCUAUCGCUUCCCUUUAUACUUUUAUUAUACUCAGCUAGUUAUUCUUCAUGACCGACUACGAUGAAAUGAUCGUGCCGAAAAUCGAAGAGAUUCGACUCACCGAGCCAAAUCAGCUAUGGAGCAACAAUAACGCAUUAGCGACUGGACCAACUAUCGAUGAACAACGAUCCAUGAUGUACAAUGAAACCAAUUUGUUAGUGUGGAACCAAAGUCGUUACGCAACUCAGCAGCCUCAUACUACACGGGAAGUCAAGCGUAGAAGUAGUCCAGCUAAUCUGCAAACUCAACAGCUCAGAAUUGGUGAUAUAAUGCAAGAUCUCAAUAUAUCAGAUAGUCAAAUGAACGCAGCUGUGAAUGGUUCAAACGACCUUAUGUUGGACGCAUCUUCAGCCUCGUUUGACCCAGGAUUCGUACAAAGGUUGCCGCUUAAAGAUGAUUUUCUUACUACUCAAAAGCUGAUGGAAAGCUGGGGGCCUAUGAUCAGUGGAAUUGCUACACCUGUUGGUCAGACCCAUGUUGGUCAUCCACAAGUUGGAAAUCUGACAACACCUCUUGAUACAGAAUUCGCACGCCGUCAUUCUAUUGCAGUCUCUACUUAUGACUGGCGCUCCCAAUCGCCCGAUAUGACCAUCAAUCAGCAUACUGUAGAGCCAAAGUUUAUUCAUGACAUGUCUCAAAUACCGUGCGUUCUUGCACCCCCUCCAAAGAAGGAUACCUCUCAACAACCCUUUGCAGAUCAAAAUAUCUUCCAAUUCCCUCUAAACCCACACCCAAUGUCUCGUCAAGAUUCACAGCCUUUACCAUCUAGUGUUUCGCCGUCAUCUGAAAUGAUGUCUAGCAAUGGGUCAUUGACUCCAACUUCACAAUACAUUUUUGGCCAUGAGUGCGCUGAAGCAAUUACGCCCAUGAGUGUCAUGUCACCUGAAGGCUAUGCGAAUCCAUCAAGAAAACGUUCCCUAGUUCCCGAAGUCGUCGAUACACCUAUCUUUAAUAUGUCUAUGGAUAUGUUUCAGUCACCUGCAGCUCAUCGUAAAAGGACAAAAUCAAUGGACAUCGGAGUUAUGGAUUACUCUGAAGACGUUUUUGAAUCAGAGGUCUAUGAAUAUCCAUUGAUGUCACAAGAAGAUGUCGAGAAAGCCGAGACAGACGAAACAGCUCGGCCAAGAAAACAACGGAUACGAUACCCUGGAGACAGCUAUACUCCUAAAUGGGUUCGCUACUUGGGCCAAGCCAAGGAAGGCUAUUGCGAUAGCUGCCAACCUGGAAAAUGGCUUCAACUGAAGAACAGUGCAUACUGGUAUCACAAGCAAUUCUUCCAUGGAAUCUCCUCAGUUUCGGGCAGACAAUUCAUGGAACCCAUCGAUCAACGGUGGGGAGACCAGGAUGCCAUUGAAGGUCUAUGCCAUCAGUGUCGCAACUGGAUAUCGAUUUGCACAGCCAAAAGAAAGAAUAGUGUUCUUUGGUACCGACACGCACACAAGGUAAGAUAUUCUCAGAUAACCUCCAAUGUGUAUCAAAAAUAUUUGUACACCAACGUCGAAUGUUCACCAUCUUUUCUUCAUCUAGUGUCAUAUCUAUCAUAAACCAAAAGCCACACAGCCUAAAAGACGCCCUUCUGUACAGUUUUAAUUGUCUUUUUCAAUUUUGUGAACACCUUUUACCAUUUUCCUUUUGACUUAAACAAUUUGUCCAUUAACAUUCCAGCCUUUUUUAACUAGCUGAUUGAAUUUUUUUUCUCAGUUAUCAAUCCAUUGUACCACAGCGAUCAACUUUCUUUCCCGUUUCUUUCCUCUCUAGUAAUAAACACCUUAAAAUUAUUUCUUCUCAUGAUGAA